AUGAAGCUUUACAGGUUCUUUCCAACUGUGUUUUUCUCACAUUUUUGUAUGCAUGCUCUUGUUAUUCACUCCUGCCUUGGUUUGAGACUGAGGGGAAACGAGACAGAUCGACUGGCCUUGCUAGAGUUCAAGGCUAGCAUAACCAAUGACCCUUUUGGAGUCAUGACUUCGUGGAACGAAACCAUCCACUUCUGCCAUUGGUAUGGAGUUUCAUGCGGUCGUCGUCACCAGAGGGUCACGAGGUUGGACCUGCGGUCCUCGAAACUUUCGGGCUCUAUAUCACCCCAUGUCGGAAACUUGAGUUUCUUGAGACGGAUUCAUCUCCACAACAACAGCUUCAGCAAUCAAAUACCUCCAGAUUUUGGCCGUCUGCGCAGAUUGCAACAUUUACUAUUGCAGAAUAAUUCACUGAGUGGUGAAAUACCCUCCAACCUAUCCAGGUGCUCUCAACUCCUAAGAUUGUCUCUUAAUUUUAAUGUUCUCGUAGGAAACAUUCCUAAGGAGCUUGGCACCUUGUCCAAGCUAACAGAUUUUGCAUUUCAUGACAACCAGCUCACAGGAAAUUUUCCCAACUCCUUUUCCAACAUAUCAUCACUUGAACUUAUUUCUGCAGCUGCUAACAAUUUAUAUGGGAGCAUUCCUGAUAUAUUUGGCCAAAUGACCAAUCUUACGUUCCUUUCUUUCGACGCAAAUGACCUGUCCGGAACGAUCCCCCCCUCAAUCUUCAAUCUCUCUUCUAUCACAACCUUUGCCGUGACACUCAACAAAAUCCAGGGGACUUUGCCCUCAAACUUAGGUAUUGCCUUUCCAAGCCUCGAACAUUUUUCUGUUGGCAACAACCAAUUUAGCGGACCUAUUCCUGUGUCAAUUUCUAACGCUUCAAAUCUGUUUCAUCUUGCAAUGGAAAGAAACAAACUACAUGGAAAAGUCCCUUCGUUAGAAAAUUUACGUAGGCUUGGGUGGAUAGUUCUUGCUGAUAACAAUCUUGGAAGUGGGGGAGUUGGCGAUUUGAGCUUUCUUUGCGAUUUGACUAAUGCCACCGGUUUAGAAAUGGUAGCAAUUCAUUUUAACAAUUUCGGGGGUGCCUUGCCUCAAUGUAUAGCCAACUUAUCUUCUUCUAUUUUACAAAUCGGCAUGAGUGAAAAUAAAUUAGUAGGAAGUAUACCGAACGGGUUUGGAAAUUUGGUUAAGUUGGAGACCCUUUGGCUGUCUGGGAACCGACUUUCAGGUCACAUUCCGCCAGAUGUUGGAAGGCUUCAUAACUUUGGUGUCAUGUCCCCUGAAGUCGUCGGUCGUCUGUCAUCUUCAUUGUCUGUAUUGGAUUUAUCUGAAAACCAUUUGACUGGAUUCCUACCAAAAGAAAUAGGACAUUUCCCAAAUCUGGAGGCCUUUGAUAUCUCAAAUAACAUGUUCUUUGGUGAAAUUCCUCCAAAUCUUGGGAGUUGUAUUAAAUUAGAGUUUCUAGACAUGGAGGGGAACUUCAUCCAAGGGGAUAUUCCAUCUUCUUUGGGUUCACUAAGAGGUUUAAUAGGGCUAUAUCUAUCUCACAACAACUUGUCAGGCAUGAUUCCAGAAUUCUUGGAGCGGUUUGAAUUUAUGCAAUCUUUGGACCUCUCCUAUAAUAAUUUUGAGGGCAUGCUACCAAUGAAAGGGAUUUUCAGUAAUGCAAGUGCCAUAUCAGUUGAAGGAAAUAGUAAACUUUGCGGUGGAAUACCUGACUUGCAUUUGCCAGAAUGCAAGUUACAACGUUCCAAGAAGGGAGGAUUGAGUCUAACCGUCAAAUGGGUAAUCUCUCUUAUUUUUGGUCUUCUUGGAAUCACGUUUGCCAUCGUGUUUUGGUACCUUUGUAGCGUAAGGAGAGAAAGAAAGGAGCACACUUCAAGUGAUUCAGAAGAAUUUCUCAGGCUAUCUUACCGAAGUCUUCUAAAUGCAACAAAUGGAUUCUCCAUUUCCAACUUGAUUGGUGUGGGAAGUUUUGGGUCUGUUUAUAAAGGAGUACUCGAACAAGGUGAAACAGUUGCCAUCAAGGUAAUCAAUCUCGUUCGUCGUGGCGCUUCCAAAAGUUUCAUUGCUGAGUGUGAAGCUUUGAGAAAUAUCAGACACCGUAAUCUUAUGAAGGUACUCUCUGUAUGUUCGGGGAUUGACUAUCGUGGUUGUGAGUUCAAGGCCUUAGUAUAUGAGUUUAUGGUUAAUGGGAGCUUAGAGGAAUGGUUGCAUCCAACUGAAGCAAUUGGUGAAAACAUUGAGAGACCAAGGAGCUUGAAUUUUUCUCAAAGGUUGAGUAUUGCAAUUAACUCCGCCGUGUAA